AUGGGGCAGACACUGGAAAAGUGUGCGCAUACGCAGCACAGCGCACCGAAGCAGCUCGAGCGCUCACAUGCUGAGUCGUCACCGAGCAGCAGAGCUCGUCACUCCAACGGUGGCAACAGUAGCCCCAGAAACAGCAGUGGGCGGGAUGUCGCGGGCAGUGCGGUAUCGAUUACGGCAGCAUCCGAACCAAUAGCGGGCGCGCGCCGCUCUGCCCAGCGAAGCGAAAGCAGACGAACAGCUACCGUGCGGACAGGGGCACAGCAAGCAUCCGAGGCCAGACGAGGGCUAGCAUCCCCCGUUUCCAGGAAAGCUGAGAGAUCCAACAAAACCAACCACUCAGUUGGUUUCAGUGCUGGUUCGCCCGAGCCGCCACCGCCACCACCGCUGAUACCGCGCCCUGGCAUUGACGUCUAUAACUUGCUGGAUGAGGACGAUGUCGAUAACUCAUGUCCUAUAUGCUUGGAAUCCUACUCACACGAGAAUCCACGCAUUGUAGCGUUCUGUGGGCAUGCGUUCCAUCUGGGUUGCAUCUACGAAUGGAUGGAACGUAGUCCGUACUGCGCGAUAUGCGCACGGGCGAUGCAGUUCUCCGAGCUCGCCAGUACAGAGAGUGAACGCGUGAGUCGUGAAACACGGUCGGAAUCUGACUCAAGUUGGACGGUUCAGAGCGACUCGGACCACAGCAGAUCCCUUGAAAAUGCCUUGGCCGAACUGGGCAUUGAUACGGGUGCCAUAUGGGGAGGCUCGGUUCUGCCGCCGCCGCCGUCGUCGUCGGUGUCGAACCCUGUAAAAAGCGUGACAGUUACUGGAGACGUGUCGCAGUCGGUGCCUGAACAGCGGCAAAUGCUCCGAAGAUCGUUUUCAAGACAGGGACUGCUCACUGGUAGUCAUGGAGAAAUCAAUGAACGAGCAAAUGAUGACCCACUUGCAGUGGAAACGGUCGAAAUGCAGGAUCUGAUUCAGUGGGACGAGGAGCACGACGUCACCGCGCCAGAACUUGUUGCACCGGCGCCGGUUACUGGUCUGGAGACGUACACCACAGAUUCGAAGACUUGCGCGGUGCAGAAUCAGGUGCUCGAGGCACAAGUCCGGUAG